UGUCCCUAUUUUUGCCUUAGAAGUUUUUGCUAGAGUUCCCCCAUUAAGCUUUCCACCUUGGAGAAACCAUCAGCUUUAGUAUCACAGAAGCAGGUUCAGUGCUGGCUGUGCGUGACAGAGCCGACCUCUUCUCCCUGCAGCUCGAUGAAUGAAGUGGUGCACACCUCACCUACGAUAGGCAGCAACGUGGAAGAGAUCGUGGUUAACAACACGCGCUUUCUGAUGUGGGAUAUUGGAGGGCAGGAGUCCCUGAGGUCCUCGUGGAACACCUACUACACCAACACCGAGUUUGUAAUAGUUGUUGUGGACAGCACAGACAGAGAGAGGAUUUCGGUGACUAAAGAAGAACUGUAUAAGAUGUUAGCACAUGAGGACUUGAAGAAAGCAGGUUUGCUGAUCUUUGCUAACAAGCAAGAUGUUAAAGAGUGUAUGACAGUGGCUGAAAUCUCUCAGUUUCUGAAGCUGACUUCAAUUAAGGAUCACCAGUGGCACAUUCAGGCGUGCUGUGCUCUAACUGGAGAGGGACUCUGCCAAGGACUCGAAUGGAUGAUGUCAAGACUAAAGAUCAGAUGAUUUUUAAUGACCCCUUUGCACAGACACUGACUUAAAAAAAAAAAGCUGAACCUGUGGUUACCUUCACAGUGGCAGAAUUGCUGGGUUAGGUGUAUUUAUAAUGAACUGAUUUCAACUUUAUUUUCUACGUAGAUGCACACACAGAUGUACAUAAAUUCAGACCGUUCAGCAAAAAGAAAGAUGCAGGUGAUGGCUCAAGUUUGUUUUCCUGGUUGUUUUCCUCUGGAGACGCGUGUAAAAGUGGUGAUCCGCCUUCCUUCCGAGAUACAGCCACUGACAACAGUCUGAUGCUGAGUGUGGUGAAGAUGAAGCAAGAGAAAGAACUUAUGCUUUGGGGUUUUAUUAUUACAUUGUAGUCCUCUCUAGUCAAAGAUGUGGCUUCGUUAUUUCAGUAAAUUAGCAAACAAAUCAAUGGCAUAGAUACCAACUUUCCAGUAUUUUUAAAGUUACUGAUGUUACAAAUGCAAAACUAUUUUCCUGUAUGUGUACUGUACAUAUUUGUGUAUAUUUAUACCUCGAUUUUAGGUUAAUUGCAAUCUCUUCAGACCAGUGUGUAAAGCUGAAUCAGUAUGUUGACAGCAGUACUAACAUUUCACAUUGCCAACGUGUCACAACUUCUUUUCCUUCAUUACCUGUGUGGCUGUAAUGUCCAUCAGACACUUGGCUCACCACAACUUUAUAAA